AUGCAAGGCCACACUACUGAAAAGGAAACUGAAACUCGCUCUACUAUGCCACCACUCUCUCAAAUCCCACCUUCUUCUUCUUCACUUCACCCUUCAACCAAUGAUGAAACGACGGCUGACACCAUCUCCAGAAAGCGCGUUAAGAAAAUUGGUCAUACAAAUUGCGAGAGCCUUAACAUGGAACGUGAAAGAAGGUCCAAGAUGACUCAAAUGUUCUCGCAGCUUCGAAACUCUGUCCCUGGUCUCUUACCUCAGGCUACAAGGGAAGUGAUAAUAAACGAGACAAUUGGGUACAUAAAGGAGCUUGAAAAGACGAAGCAAAGGUUGGAGGAGUUGAAGGAGACGGUAAAAGGAGUAGAAGGGUCGAUGGUUGAUUGUGGUAACGAUAAUAGAAAUUGUUCAAUCACGGUUACUGUCUCCGCUAAUGUUGCAUUCUUUGGUAUUCAAUCGGUGCCUCGACCCGGUUUGGUGACUCAAAUUUUGAAGGUGUUUUGCAAUCACCGAACAGAGAUUUUGGCUGCAAAUGUGUCGAAUAACAAUGGGAAAUUGAUACUGGCAAUCACAGCGUUGGUGCAAAAGAAUGGAAAUGUUGCUUUUGUCCUGGGAAGGAAGACAUCAGGAUGUUUGUUAAAGAACAAAAGUGAUUCAUUGUCUAAGAAAAGCAUUGUAAAGCAUGGGGUGGACCCCGCGGACAUAUAA